GCCUGACAACUGGGUGUCCAGAAACCAUGUCGUCGUCGUCGCCGUGGUCGGUGAGCUGGUGGUCCUUAUCGGUGGCGCUCUGGAUCGGGGCAGUGCUACUACCGCGGCAGGGAAAUGGCCAAUGGGCGGUGUGGAACGCAACCAACGUGACCAACGGCACGAACACUACCUACGUGAUUACCCUGCCACCGUUAGCGACCACUCCACUGCCGAUUGUGCCGGCGAACGAGUCCCACUGGGAACCGAUCCCCCACUACCAGCACCCGCAAUACGAUCCGACCGGGAAGGUGCUCUGGUUCCCGAAGAUCGUCGGCGGAACACCGGCCACCACCGGCGAGUUCCCGGCCAUGGUGUCCCUCCAGCAGCUCCGCAAUUCGGCGCACGUCUGCGGCGGAACCCUGCUCACGAUGGGCCACGUCCUGACGGCGGCCCACUGUGUCACGGAUACUCGCGGUGUGGCCUCCCCUAGCACCCUGUUUCAAGUGAUGGGUGACGAUCUGCACAUACCGCCGCUGAGGGCCAGCCCGAGUCGUCAGGUGCGCACCGUGCGCUCCAUCAACGUACACCCGCGCUACGACACGUCCACCCUGGCCAACGACAUCGCCAUGGUGCGGUUGGCCAGUGACUUCCACAAAACGGGCACCCUCUAUCCGGCGAAGCGGCUCGAGCGGGCACCGAUACUUGGCGACCGGUGCAGUGUGGCCGGCUGGGGCGUUACGUCGGAGCAGUCGACCACGAUGAGUCCCGAUCUGCAGCGGAUCAACGUGGUGGUCAGUGAUUUCGGGACGUGCAAUGCCCUGUUCCAGCAGCUCCUCACGCAGGGUAUGCUGUGUGCGGGCGAUGCCGGACGUGACGCGUGCCAGGGCGACUCGGGCGGGGCGCUGCUAUGCGCCGGAGGCCGGAUGGCCGGCAUCGUGAGCUUCGGGGCCGGCUGCGCCAAACCCAACGUGCCCGGUGUCUACGUGGACAUCGUACACCACGAGAAGUGGAUUAACGGUGCGCUGAGGGGUGGAGCGGCCACACUGCUUCCCGUCACCGCCCUGCUCGCUGUGAGCCUUCUCGUGGUGCUGGGAGCAUCUUGAAGAACGCGUCGAACAGAAAAACAAUGUGUAACGGGGCAGCACGUGCUCCGAAGGCCAGAUUGAGGAU